AUGAAAUUGCUAAAAGAGUGCUAUCCUGAUGUGAUCACUUAUACAAUUUUGAUUGAAGCGACUUGUAAGGAAAGUGGGGUGGGGCAGGCAAUGAAGCUUUUGGAUGAGAUGAAUAGAAAGGGUUGCAAGCCUGAUGUAGUUACCUAUAAUGUCCUAAUCAAUGGGAUAUGCAAGGAAGGGAGGUUGGAUGAAGCAAUCAAAUUCUUGAAUAAUAUGCCGUCUUAUGGUUGCCAACCUAAUGUAAUUACCCAUAAUAUCAUUUUGCGUAGCAUGUGUAGCACAGGGAGGUGGAUGGAUGCUGAGAAACUUUUAGUGGAGAUGCUUCGAAAAGGCUGUUCUCCCAGUGUCGUUACCUUUAACAUCUUGAUAAAUUUCUUGUGUCGGAAGGGGUUAUUGGGCCGAGCCAUUGAUAUUUUGGAGAAAAUGCCGAAGCAUGGUUGUACUCCAAAUUCCCUGAGUUACAAUCCACUGCUUCAUGGAUUUUGCAAAGAAAAGAAGAUGGACAGGGCAAUUGAGUAUUUGGAGAUAAUGGUCUCCAGAGGGUGCUACCCUGACAUUGUGACCUAUAAUACUUUGCUCACAGCUUUAUGCAAAGAUGGAAAAGUUGAUGUAGCAGUUGAGAUCCUUAACCAGCUUAGUAAUAAAAAUUGCUCUCCUGUUUUGAUCACUUACAAUACAGUGAUUGAUGGUCUUUCAAAGGUGGGAAAAACAGAAUGUGCUCUAAAGCUGUUGGAUGAGAUGCGAGGAAAGGGUCUCCAACCCGAUAUAAUUACCUACUCUUCGGUUGUGGGAGGGCUUAGUAGAGAAGGAAAGGUAGACGAAGCUAUCAAGUUCUUCAAUCAGUUAGAAGGAUUGGGUGUGAGGCCCAAUGCCGUCACCUACAAUUCUGUCAUGUUGGGGCUUUGCAAAGCUCGCCAGACGGAUCGUGCCAUUGACUUCUUGGCUCAUAUGGUAUCAAAGGGAUGUAAACCUACUGAAACUACAUAUACAAUUCUGAUUGAAGGCCUAUCUUAUGAAGGUUUAGCCAAUGAGGCUUUGGAUUUACUGAAUGAGUUAUGCUCCCGAGGAGCCGUGAAGAAAAGUUCUGCUGAAAAGGUGGUGGUCAAGAUGUAG